AUGAAGCUAUUUUACGAGAUGUUUAUUAAGUAUGGCGUUGUCAUGAUAGAUGGAGUCCAAGCAUCCACUCAAGCGACUGAAGCACUUUGCAAGAGGAUCGCUCCCAUUCACGACACGUUCUUUGGUGCAUUCUGGGUGUUCAGCAACCGGACACAGGAAGACGGCCAGGAAUAUCAUGAAGACACCGCAUAUGGGAGCGAACAAAUAGGACCACAUACGGAUGGGACUUAUUUUGAUCAAGCGCCGGGAAUACAGGUCAAUUUAGAAGUUUAGAA